AUGAGGUGGUGGGUGUGUUAUGUCUAGCGGGCCAUACCAACUGUGUGUGUGUGUGUGUGUGAUGUAAACCCUGCAAGGAAUCUGUUACUGAGGGUUAAUCUCUUUAUUACUUGCUUGUGUGUGUGGGUGUGUAGGCAACUUCCUAAGCCUGAGACGGAGAGUAAGCAGACGGCCAGCGGAGAAGGAGGAGGAGGGAGCAGGAGUAGCAGCACUAGUAGUGAUGACUCUGUGGACACAGCACCAAAGACUCAGAGCAGGUUUGAGUGCGUGCAGUGCCACAGCGCCUUCUCGUCUCAGGCCAAACUUACCUCUCACUCUGAGUCUCACUCCACUCAAAAGUCGUUCAAGUGCACCGUCCAGGGAUGUAACAAGGCGUUCCCCACCAAGGAGAAGCUGGGGAAGCACACGGAGAUCCACAAACAGCAGCCGAAGCAGUUCUGCUGUCCGCACGAGAACUGCAACCGAGUGUUUCUGCGCCAGUCCCACCUCAAGAACCACCUCAAGAUCCACGCACACAACUACUUUGUGUGCCCCGUGAUGGACUGCAACGAGAAGUUUGCCUCGGAGGCAGACUACAACGUUCACCUCAACACACACAUGAACUACAGACACAAGUGCCAGGUGGCCGGCUGUGGACACGCCUUCCUCACUCGCAAGCGACUGGAGCUCCACUGUCGAGUCAUGCAUGGAGUGGAGCUACAGAGUCACCAAUCCCUCCUCCCAGUGGCACUCGGUCAUGGCACUCCCCUCAUCCCGCCGCCUCACUCCCACCACCAGCAGCCUCACUCUCCCACACCAAACCGCACUCCACUCUCUCUCUGCUGGAUGCCCGCUGCACCACGAGGCUCAACAGCAAUCGGUGGAGAUACAACUUCUGUGCACAUGGAGGACGGAUACAUCUGCGAGCGGUCGACUCCCCGGCCUCCAGCCCCGACGAAAUCGAGACAAUUCUCUCGGAGUUAAUGACUCCCACUGGACGUUCGGGGAGCAGUUCAAGAUAUUUCUCCAUCUCCUGACGGGGAGUUGUGUGAGAUGGAGGACCAAAGCUGUUCUCUGCCAUGCGCUAUGGAGUCCGAUCAGCGGAUAUAUACUCCCGUACGACGUGUCAGCCCAUCACCAGCUCGUUCGCCACGCUCCAGUCUGGUGGUUGUCGGGAUCCGAGUCUCGACAGCUACCGCUCCAUAUCCCGGCUACUCACCCCGUCAACCCGCACCAUUCAUUAGCCUUCGUCAAGCAACCCUUUCCAGUGGGCGGUGCGGCGGAUCACCCUCCGAUGCACAUGUCUCUAUCUAACUCAACGCAACAGCGCGAGAACAGUGGGAUUUCUAGGACACACCCCCACCACCCCUCUCCCUCCCUCAGCCACCAGUCCCGAUGGAGAUUUUGCCUUCUUCCCGCCCGCUACCCCCUCUUACCACCACCACCCGACAGGCCCUGCCAUCAUACCCCCCACCAGGGAGACGGCGGCGUACAUGAUUCCCGGCGGCCACAACGGAUUCCCCAUGCCACCGACGACACCGCAGCACCACCAGAGAGAGUUCCAUCUCACACAGUUCCCCACAGCCGGAGUCCUCCCCGAGCUGAGACAACAGCAACAACCAGAAUCGUACGAUAUCGAUUUCCCAGACAUUCUCAACGAGACCUCGACGGCCGGUUCCGGCCAGGUUCAGUGCAGUGGUGGAGAGGCAACACAACUCGUUCUCGCUCCACCACCUCUCCUCCCUACUCAGACCAGUCCUGUGAGUGAGGUCAAGAUGGAGAUUGAACACAAAUCCUGCCCGAAUGCCAACAAAACUGGCAAUACUAGUCCCUGCUGGCAAGCUCUGACUCCCACGGCCUCUCCAACCGCACAUUACCCCAACACCUCUUCAAUAAAACUCGAGAUUUUACCCGAAGCGGCACAGGUCUCCUGCAACAUGAAUUCCCAGUCAACCUCACAAACCGCCACCUUUACCAACGGCGGGAGUCAACAUCUGAACACAACUCUGCCUAAUUCGAAACCCGCCGCAGUAUCAUCUGACACACACCUUCAGGCCUUCCUCACCAGCUGCUCCGAACUACCCCCACUACGAGAGCUGGUGACCUCCGACCUCCACCCUACGGUGGUGGUUGUAGCCGUAAGCACUGCUCUAGUUGCAGUCCUGGGUGACCAGACACAGCAGGUGUGUAUCCACGAGAUGAAGGUUAAAGAGGGACCGUACGACAUCCCCAGACUACACUCCCUGGUUACCAGUUUAACCCCUCAGCAGCUGGAGAAACUGGGUACUCCGGAUCUGGUCUCGACGGCCCGAUGCCUUGCCACGCAGCAUCUGGAGGGCCUCGCCGCCGCACGACAGAGGCAGAAGGAAACAAACGCAGCAAACACCACCACUGCCACAUCAUCAUCGAAGUCUAAAUUUCACCAAAAGACGACGGGGAACAGCAACGGAAUAGUAGUCCAGAGCAAGACAUCGGUCAAGGCAUCCAUCA